GAUGUUAAAUUCAAAGUAUGAGAUGACAUGAGCUGUGUUGCAUGACCCUUUUUGAGACCAAAAAACCCUUUUCUUCUUCCUAGUGAUCUGAACAGAAUCCAAUCUCUCUCUCUCUCUCUGCACAAAAUUCAGGGCAGAGAUAUGGGUGUCAGGACCAACUCAUAUUUCAUCUUUUCACUACUCUUCCUGUUCUUCACUUUCAACCUCCCCAUCUCCCUUGGAUCCGACACCAUCUCUGCAAACCAAUCUCUCUCCGGGGACCAAACCAUUGUCUCCUCAAAUGGGAUCUUCAAAUUGGGUUUCUACCAAACAGGUAACUCCUCCAACUACUACAUAAGCAUUGUGUACAAUCAAGUUUCUCUUCAAACGAUUGCUUGGGUUGCAAAUAGGGAUACACCCAUCUCAGAUAAGUACUCAUCAGUGUUGAAAAUCAUGGAUGGCAACCUAGUUCUUCUCGACGAGUCACAGAUACCCAUUUGGUCCACAAAUCAGAACUCCGCCGCUUCAAGUUCUGUGGUGGCUGUUCUUGGGGAUGAUGGUAAUUUGGUUGUCAAAGAUGGGUUUAAUUCAACCCAACCCAUUUGGCAAAGUUUUGAUUUUCCUACUAAUACUUGGUUGCCUGGGGGUAAAAUUGCAUAUAAUAAGAGAACUAGGACUCAUCAGUAUCUAACUUCUUGGAAAAAUUCGGAAGACCCAUCUCAAGGUCUGUUUUCUUUGAGUUUAAAAGCAGAUACCAAGGAGUAUGUGAUAUUGUGGAACGGGUCUGAACAGUAUUGGAGCAGUGGCUCUUGGAAUGGGCAGAUUUUCAGUUGGGUCCCAGAGAUGAGGCUCAAUUAUAAUUACAAUUUCAGCUACGUUGAUAAUGAGAAUGAGAGUUAUUUUACGUAUUCGAUGUACGAUCCUAAGAUUAUAUCACGAUUUGUUAUGGAAGUUUCGGGGCAAAUCACGCAACAGAUUUGGUUGGAAACCACCGGGCUAUGGAACUUGUUUUGGUCUCAGCCGAGGGAGCAGUGCGAGGUUUACGCGUUUUGUGGGGCAUUUGGGGCUUGCAAUCAGAUUACACUGCCCUUCUGUAAUUGUUUGAAAGGGUUUAGUCCGGUUGGUGAUUGGAAUUUGAGAGAUUAUUCUGGUGGGUGUGCGAGGACAAAUAAGUUGCAGUGUGGGAAUACAAGUGUUGCUAAUCAGGAGUCGACAGAUAAGUUUCAUGAGUAUCCCAACGUGAGAUUGCCUGAUAAUUCACUGUCUGUUGCUUCUAGUAGCGCUGCCGAAUGUGCAUCUUCCUGCUUGAAUAACUGCUCUUGCACUGCUUAUUCCUAUUAUAGUAACGGGUGUUCGAUUUGGAUUGGGGAACUUGUGAAUCUGCAACUCUCACCAAAUGAUGGUACUGGAAGAACUCUUUAUCUCAGACUUGCUGCUUCUGAGUUUUCGAAGGGUAAAGAAAACAAGGGGAUCAUUAUUGGUGCUGUUGCGGGUUCAGUUGCUGUAGUACUACUUUUAGGCCUAGUGUUUAUUAUAAUCUGGAAGCGGCAAAGGAGGUUCGUUGGAAAAACAAAAGUGGAGGGCUCAUUGGUUGCAUUCGGAUACAGAGAUUUGCAAAUUGCUACGAAAAAUUUCUCAGAAAAAUUGGGGGGAGGAGGUUUCGGUUCUGUGUUCAAAGGGACAUUGCCCGAUUCAACUAUAAUCGCGGUGAAGAAGCUGGAAAGCAUAAGCCAGGGAGAAAAGCAGUUCCGAACGGAGGUUAGCACGAUCGGAACCAUUCAACACGUCAACCUCGUUCGGCUUCGGGGGUUCUGCUCCGACGGUAACCAGAAGUUGUUGGUGUAUGAUUACAUGCCGAACGGGUCCUUGGAUUCCCAUCUUUUCCAUGAAAGGGAGGGGCAAGUCUUGGACUGGAAAACGAGGUACGAGAUCGCUCUGGGAACGGCCAGAGGGUUGACUUAUCUCCACGAGAAGUGCAGGGACUGUAUUAUUCACUGUGAUAUAAAGCCGGAGAACAUUCUACUAGACGGCGAGUUCUGCCCAAAAGUGGCCGAUUUUGGCCUAGCAAAGGUCAUUGGCCGAGAAUUCAGCAAGGUUCUGACAACCAUGAGAGGGACAAGAGGCUAUCUUGCACCAGAAUGGAUAUCAGGAGUUGCCAUAUCAGUCAAAGCUGACGUUUACAGUUAUGGAAUGUUGCUUUUUGAAUUCGUAUCCGGAAGGAGGAAUUCGGAGCAAUCUGAUCAAGAUGGGAAGUUUAAGUUUUUCCCGACUUGGGCUGCAAGUGUCGUAGUAGAAGGGGGUGACCUGUUUGGCCUAUUAGACCAUAGAUUGGAAAAGAAUGCUGACGAGGAGGGGCUAAGGCGAAUGGCUCGAGUGGCUUGUUGGUGCAUCCAAGAUAAUGAGAACCACAGGCCAACAAUGGGUCAGGUGGUACAGAUACUUGAAGGGGUUGUAGAAGUGAACCCGCCUCGGGUUCCUCGGUCACUUCAAGCGUUUGUCGAGAACCACGAGCAUAUAGUUUUCUUCACCGAUUCGUCUUCUGGACAGAAUUCACAGCCACAGAGCGCUCAUUCAACUGCUUCCACUCGGGCCAGUAGCACUUCUUCCACAACGGUUUCCAAUUAAGUCAGGUCUGAAGAUCAUGAAGAAAUUAGUGAUUUGCUGAGUACUUCUCUAUGCAGUUAACUAUAAAGUAGUUCCUGCAGUUUUUUGUUGUCUUGUUUUUGUAUGUAAUGCAAAGCCUUAAUCCAAAGGGUGUGGCCUCUUUUGUUACUACCUUAAUCUCAAAAUGUUUAUUUGAUCCGCAAAACGAGGAUUCAAAAAUAAUGCAUCUCUUUUAAUAAAAAAUUCAAUUUUUUUUUCAUAAAUUACACUGAACUCAUUGAUAUCUAAUGAAUUGUUGAAAAAUUUUGAAUUUUUCUUGUAAAAAUUGUGUUAUUUUUAUAUCAUCGUUUUGUGAAACCAGACAAACACUAUGGGAUGGAGAGAGUAAUAUUUAGACUCCGCCACAUGUAUUUCUAGUGGUUAGGCACCUGUGUUGCAUGUGGUUUUUGUUUCCGCUUCUAAUUUAUUUUAACUUAUAUAAGAGUACAAUAAUCCUCUCUAUUAUAUCUUGUCGAAAA